AUGGGUAGAACAUUCCGUGUGUACCUUGCAGGAGAGUCAGUACUACUCUGCAGACAAUGCGGUAACCAUCUAGCUGUCAGUGAAGGCGUUAUGUCUAAACAAUUCACGGGCCAGCAUGGAAGGGCACUACUGGUGCAGCAGGUGGUAAACACGUAUGCUGGUGACGCAGAGGAUAGGGAGAUGAGAACGGGGCGCCAUACUGUCAGGGAUGUGUAUUGUAGGGUAUGUCAUUCGACACUGGGUUGGAAAUAUGAUUUCGCCUUCGAGCUCGAUCAAAAGUACAAAGAAGGCAAAUACAUAUUGGAGCGAGAAAUGAUUACGGAAAAACCGGAAUCGAAACGAGAUCAUGGUAGACCUAGAAUUGAGGAACUACCCGUUCGAGAGCUCUUAGCGAGAGUCUAA